GCCAAGACCAAAAUGCUCCCACGUUUGCUCCUAGCUACUUCCUUCCUAUGGGUCUCCAAGGCCCUCGCUGGCUUCCAAGCUGGUACAUCAGACAACAUCGCCAUCUACUGGGGGCAGAACUCGGCUGGUGUCUCCGACGCUGGCAAAUCCCAGCUGUCACUCUCCGAAUACUGCAAAAACGCCGAAAUUGACAUCAUUCCUGUGGCCUUCCUAGCCAACUUAAACCCCAUACAGGUGGAUUUGACGAAUAUGAUCGAUUCUAACAUGGCUGAGGAGAUCACCACAUGCCAGAAGGCUGGCAAGACCAUAUUGCUAUCUAUCGGUGGAGCUACGUUCACUUCGGCGCCUUCGAGCCCGCAAGAUGCGCAAUCUCUGGCCGACCAGAUCUGGGGAAUGUUUGGCCCUCCUGGCAAUGGCAACGGUGUUAAUCGCCCCUUUGGUGACGCAGUUGUCGAUGGCUUCGAUCUCGACAUCGAAGCGCCGCUCCAGAACAUGGCACCUUUCGCCGCACGAUUGCGCGAGAACAUUGAUAAGGCCAACGCUGCUGGUAAUCGGAAGUUCUAUCUCUCUGCGGCGCCUCAGUGCCCAUUUCCAGACAUGAACAACCUGGCCCUGAUGCAGGGCGACGCGGCCGUAGCCUUCGACUUCGUCAUGGUGCAGUUCUACAAUAACCCCAAAUGCGACAUCCGGGUCUUCACCGGCGCCCCCGGUUCCGGUUCCGGUUCCGUCUCAGCACGGGACACAAAUGACCCGACGAAGACAGGCUUCAACAUGGCUGUGUGGGACGAGUGGGCGCGCACAAGCAAGAACCCCAACACUAAGAUAUUCCUCGGCAUUCCGGGUGGUCCCACGGCCGUGAGCCCGUCCGAGAAGGCAUCGUACAAAGCGCCGCAAGCCCUGGGCCCCAUCAUCGCCUACAGCAAGCAAUUCUCGAGCUUUGGCGGGGUUAUGAUCUGGGACAUGUCUCAAGUCUGGGCCAACCCCAACUUCCUAGAUACCGUCUCCAAGGAGCUCAAGUGCCCACCCAAGGGGAAUGCUGCGCGACGAUCUACUAGUGCGGCUGCGCAUGCGCAUGCGUUACGACGAGCGCAUCAACGGGAGUGGCGGGCAUGACUGUCUAGCUUCUAUUAGAUUUAUUUUCAUUUAAUUUUGAUUUUGAUGGGUAUAGGGGUUGGGAAUUCUUGUUUAGGGAUGCAUUCGGUAGGAGCUCAAAAGGCGACGAUUCAACUGAAGAUAACCUAGGGAGUCCCGGGGGUUUCCUGCUGUGCAUACAUUUGUAUUAUACCUACAGGUUGGGGUUAAAGGGGAGUUUCAUUCUGGCUAGGUUCGGGAGAGUUGGAAUAGUUCCCCAUAGAUACCCCCCAAUUCCGCCCACGAGAAGCGUACUAGGUAG